AAGCGCUCGUCCAGGCCACCAACACAAACCUCGCACAGGUAGCCGGCAGCCUGACGCCCGAGCAGCAGAGGACUGUACAAGUGUACUUCAGCUAGGUACCCAGUACGCUGGUGAAACUCGUGAAUACAGUGCAGGGGAGCGCUUUUGGCUUUCCGAACCGAUGAGCGCGAUGGCGAUGAUGCAUGGCUACAAGGUUUCGAGCAUACUGGAGGAAUGGUCUUCGCGAGACCGACGGUGGAUGGGAUCAUGUCAAGUACGGCUGGAUGGCCAGCCUACUUUGUUCAUCUGCGUAGAGAACAAAUCAUUCAGUGAAUGCUCCCUCUUGAAUCGCGUGAUCGUUCCUACGAACCCUUGGGCUACUGGGCAAGUCGAUUCCGCACUUGCUUCAUCAUUUCCCUCUUGCCAUCCCAAAGAACCCUUUCUUGUACUCACAUACGCCUAUGCCGCUAUAUCUUUCUCUCUCCACGUUCAUCAAUCUUUUAAAGGCACCACCGGUCGCCGGCAGCGUUCUCGUUACGUCUUGCCUCCAAAGGAUAUUCUGAGCUACUUACUUAGCAAGUCUCUAUAUCCUCCCCGUUUCGACCUCUACACUGCGGAGCGAGCUCGGAGGGGUAGAAAGCACUGAUAUCCACACGCAUGGCGACUAUGCUAGCUAGUUACCGCAGGCCAUCAG